AUGGGUUGGAAAGUUACAAGCCUUGUAAUUGAUAGCGAGAGUUGUGAGAAUGUUAUAGCGGAAGUAGUCGUUCAUAAGCUGAACCUAAAAACUCAACAACACCCUCAGCCCUACAAGCUUACAUGGCUAAAAAGAAAGAAUGAGGUUUCAGUCACACAACGGUGCCUAGUGAGUUUUUCUAUUGGCAACAAUUAUAGUGAUCCUGUGUGGUGUGAUAUUGUAUGCAUGGAUGCCUACCAUUUGCUACUUGGGCGCCCUUGGCAAUUUGACCGCUACAUAGUCCAUGACGGACGGAAGAACAUUUAUUCUCUUCAGUUUAAAGGCAAAAGGCUGACCUUAUGUCCAUCACAAGAGACUAAACCAAAACUCGGGAAAGGUUCUAGCCUUUUUGCCUUAACAGAUUUCACUAGUGCCCUAAAAGAUAUUGGUGUUGUGUAUGCUUCAAUUAACAAGGGGCUUGACCUAAAAGGUAUGGAGGCUCCAAAGGAGGUGAGGCCUUUGCUUGAUGAAUUUAGUGAUGUGUUUCCUAAGGACUUACUGAUAGGAUUACCACCAUUAAGGAAUACUCAUUAG